AAUUUCAGAAUAGAAUGAGUUCCAAGAAAGCUCCGAUCGAUCUUGAAUCCAAAAAUCGAGGUUGGCCCAAAGGAAAGCGACGAUAUCCAAAGGGUAUCGGUGCUCCUAAACAACCCCUGAGUGGUUAUGUUCACUUCUUAAACGAGCGAAGAGAGAGCGUACGGGCGGAGAACCCUGAGAUAAGUUUCAGUGAUCUGAGUAAGAAACUUGCUGCGGAGUGGAGUAGGCAGACGGAGGAGGAGAAGAACAAGUACAACGAGUUCGCCAAGAAGGACAAGGAUAGAUAUGAAAGUGAACUAGUUGAAUAUCAGCAAACUGAUGCCUACAAACAGUAUAUAGAAUCCCAGAGGUCAUCUGAAUCCAGCGCUUCAGCUCCGUCGAAGAAGAAGAAGAAAGGUGGUGCACCGGUGAGCUCUAAACGAUCUAGUUUUGAUGAGAGUGAGGGCGAGGACCCUCCAAUGGUUGCCGGAUCCACGCCAAACUCAUCAAUAUUUCAUAUUCCUAUAUUCACGGAGGAGUUCCUGGAGCACAACAAGGGACGUGAGAAUGAACUGCGUCAGCUGCGUAAACAGACAACUGAAUUUGAAGAGCAGAAUGCAGUGCUGGAGAAGCAUAUUGAGAGCAUGAAGGCCGCUAUCAGCAAGCUGGAGAUGGAAACCCUGCAGCAGAGGCAGAGUAACGCCAGCCUUCACCAGCACCUGGAGUCCGUAAGGCAGCUGGUUCUCCAGGGGUUCAGGGGAGUCACGGUCCCAGGGAUGACUGAACCUCUCUCCGUGAGGAACGUGGAUCAGAUGGUUUCCACCCUGUUGAGCCUGGUGGAGAAGAAUCCGAACCAGAACCAGGCUCUCAUCAACUCUGCCAAGGAUAUUAUUGCCAGGAUUGAUUACGGCAAGAUAUCAUGUUGAUCUGAUCUUAGUAAAAAACAGUUAAUGAAUAGGAAAUUUUAAUCUCAGCUGAUAGUACUUGUACAUAUUUCCAGGGAUGUUUUAUUGUUUAAAAUCACACCCCCCCCUCCAUAAUUUCUUAGAAAUAUUUGUUUUUAGAAUUUAGUUCCUUA